GACAAAAGGAGCCUCCUCUUAGUAGCAGCAGUGGAAUUAGUGCCUCAUACACUGAUAACCAAUUUUGCAGGAAACUAUUUCAUAGAGAACAUCCUGUGCCUUUGAGGAUGAUGAAGAUCAUUCUGCUUCUUGCUUUAACUGGAUGCACUUCGACCACCCUAAUUUACAAACGGCAGUGCGACCCUGUGCCCAAUUCUCUGGCAAAUCAAAGAAGGCCUCCAAAUCCAUGUGUGAACUACAAAAACACUGAGGAUCUUGACAGAAGGCAGGCAAAAAUUAAGGCCACACAACUGGAGCUGCAAGAGAGGAUGGAUGUGGCAGAAAAGAAGCAAAAUGAGAGUGAUGCACAACUUGAGUCGACAAGGCAGGAAAUCAGCACGAGGUUUGGCGCGUUGGAUGAGUUAAUGACCAAACUGCAAAAUCAGCUCGAAGAGAUGAAGCGGGAAACCAGCGCUGGAUUCAGCACUGUGGACAGACAGCUUGAAAAACAGAACGCUGACAUCAGUAAACUGAAGAAAGACACUGCAGAGAUUAAACCAAAAGUGAGGUCAGCAGAGAGCAACCUGAGGAGCCAAACAAAUCAGCAACAGCGGCUACAAGCUGAAGUGCACAGGCUGGAGAGAGAAGUCAGUUAUAAAGUGGCAUUCUCCGCAUCUAUAGUAGAAGCUCCUGGCGUGUUCACUGGACCCAGCCCUUCGACUUACAGCAAAACUCUCAUCUUCAACCGCGUCUUCACAAACACUGGCAACGCUUACAACUCGAGCACAGGCAUCUUCACCGCCCCAGUGAGAGGGGUUUACCACUUUUCCUUCAUGACGUUUGGCUACAACAGCCACACGUCAGGUGCCAUACUGACGAAGAAUGGCCGUUGCCAAGUGAGCACCUGGGAAUUCAAGGGGCCGGACACCAGCGACACCACCAGUAACACAGUGGUUCUCUCUCUGAAUGUUGGAGACCGUGUCAGUAUCAUCUUGUGGCGAGGUGGCAAAGUACACACCAGUGUGUUCAGCGGGUUCCUCAUCUUCCCACUGUAAUAGAUGUUUGGGAUGAAGAUUACUUACCAUUCUGAGAUGACAAUGCG